AUGAUAGACCUCGAGGAGUUUCUACGCUCUAUCGCCGACAAUGAUGGCAAGAAUGGCAUCAGUCUAUUUUUAUUCCAUACGGUCAUGUUUGCUGCAUCUGCCUUUGUGGACAUAUCGCACAUUCAAAAUGAGGGAUAUGCGUCUCGGAAUGAAGCCCGUCACACCUUAUUCCGACGUGCGAAGGUCCUUCUUGACGUAGGAUUUGAAGAAGAUCCGCUUGUGACUAUCCAGGCAAUUCUCCUGAUGGUUCAUUGGAAUGACAUACCUCGCGCUGAGAAAGAUGCCGUCCAUUGGAUUGGUGUCUCAUUAUCACUCGCGAUGUCGGUUGGUCUCCAUAUUAAUCCCGACCCUUCUACUGUCACGGUUUCUAAACAAAGAGUGUGGAGACGCACUUGGUGGUGUGUUUACAACCAUUGUCAAUUGAUAUCUGAGAAAUUACUGUCUGCCCUUCACAUGCAUGAAGAUCGCGAAGGAGAAAGUGGGCUUGAAAUGCCUAUGAUUGACUUGAAUGAUUUUGAAUUCCAUGUCUAUUCACCCGAAGCGCAGAGUACGGUGAAUGAAUGCGAUAUUCUACAAAACAUGGAGUAUCAGAAAAUGCAGGCUGUUUUCUUUAUUCAAAAGGUAAAAUUAUGCCGAUUGUCCAGCUUUUCGACUAUCUCCAAUCGGAUCAAGAAAAUGGUGCGCGGAGAAGCCAUACAAGACCUCGAAAAAUAUUUCACAACAGGCACAGUACCACAUGGGGCAGAUGCUCUUCAAAAAUGGCUGUUCCAGCUUCCAGAUACAGCGAAGCCGCAUUAUCCAUUGGGUCUGAUACCCUCCGAAAUGAAGAAAAGCACAUACCUACAUCGAGCGUGGCUUCGCUUAAUUUAUCUUGGCUCAAUUUAUGCUACCUACUGCGACGGAUCACACCCAAUGGGUGAAGCUUUCGAGGAACUGGCAACCUCACCUUCGCCACACCUACCUAAACAAUGUUUGUUGGAUAUGAUGGAUCUAUUUGAUGAGAUUGGUAGCCUGGGGCUAUCUGAACAGCUACCAUGUCUAGCAACACCGUUUGCAGUGCUUGUCUUGACCUUUCAUCGUCAUUUGUUGGAGAAUGACAUGCAAAGUGGGAAGGAUGUGGUGUCUCGCUCUGUGCAUAAGUGUUGGAAUUUGAUCAAACAGUUGCAAGAAUCUUCUGAUCUGGCGCUGCGUAUUAUUCAAGCUGUCGAAAAUCCCACUUCCGGCUUGUGGGAGAGGCUUUUGCCAGGGCAGGUGUCAUACAAGAACCAAUCACAAGCCUCCAUUAACACACCAUGA